AAAGUUUGGAAAACGAUUUACAGAUUCUUGCAAUCUCGAGAAAAGCGACCGCGCAGAGAAGACUCGGAGAACCAACGGGUCCAGAUGUCGCGAUGCAAACCGUCAGUUUCUUUCGGCAGACAGAGGUGGAGACGCAAGCCACCUGUUCAGGAUUGCUUGGCGAUAGAAGAUGUCCAUGAAGCUCAUUUUCGUUUAUAAGUUCCUUCCAAAUCUUCCGCGUUGGGGUACUCAUUCAACUCAGUGGCGCCACCGUCAUGUUGCUUCGAAGUUCCUCCACCCCCAUCUUGGGAUCCCUCUUAUCUUCCAUCCCUGAGAGUCCCAAUGCAUUUGACGGCAACGCCAUGAAGCACUCCUGCUCAGAGGCCGUAAAGAAGCUCUCCUUCCAUGGCGGCAGCCACCAUCAUUUUCAUCGCUUCUCCUGCAACUCCUCCCCAAUCAAUCACAUCGUCGAUUGGCCGACAUCCGAUUGGGACAGCGAGUUCGGCGCCGAAACCGGUGGCAGAAGAGGCAUCCGGCGUGUUCAAUCGGAUGGAAACUUGCAAGGUCUUGCGGGAGUGGAAACGGAGAGGGAUGAUUUCCAUAACUUGAUGCCCUUCAGGUCUUCUAGGCGGCCAAAUUCCAAACUGGAAACUAUUCUCUCCUUUUCGCUUUCCAGAAACGGAAGCAGGGGAAAAGAAGAGGAGGAAGAGGAGGAGGAGGAGGAGGAAGGGGGGAGGGGUAGUGAUGGGGGUGGAAAUGAUCUGGCUUCAAUAGGGAGGACCAUAACAUUUACCGAUGGGAUCAUCUCUGUUGAAGGAAGUUUCAAUUUUCCAAAUGGGGAAAUUCACGGGCAGUACCUGGAAGCGGAAGAUAAGGAAGAAGGAAGUCGUGCUACACUUCCGUUUUUGGCCAAAGGACCCGGGAUUGGUCUGGUUGAUCCUGCUGAAGCAUUGGCUGGUGGAAAUGAUGGGAACAACAUUCCUCUGCCACGAACCGGCGGCAACGGCGGCGGUGAUGAGGCUGAUAUUGAGAAAUAUUACCAAAAGAUGCUUGCUGAAAAUCCUUCAAGUCCUUUGUUCUUGAGGAAUUAUGCUCAGUAUUUGUAUCAGACCAAGAGAGAUUAUCAAAAGGCUGAGGAGUUCUACUCUCGUGCGAUACUGGUAGAACCUGGAGAUGGAGAAAUCUUGUCGCAGUAUGCUAAAUUAAUCUGGGAGGUUCAUCACAAUCAUGACAGGGCAGCAAGUUACUUUGAGCAAUCAGUUCAAGCUGCACCAGAAGAUAGUCAUGUUCUUGCAGCAUAUGCCAGCUUCCUGUGGGAUACGGAAGAGAGCGGUGAUGGAGAUGAGGAGCAACAGCCGAAGGAUUUCUCACAAUUUCCUAACUAUCAGGGAACAGCGGUUGCUUCUACAAAUAGUUGAUCAUGGCUUCCUUCCUCAUCUUGGUGGACUCCUAAUUGUAACGAUUAACGCUUUGAGCUUCAUGUGUUCCUCGGUCGUAUAGUCGUUCAGCCCAUCUGGACUGUGAAGGCAGUUUUCUCCUGGUUAAUGGUAACUGAAGCAUUAAAAUAAUGAUUACCGUUGGCCUUUUUCCCAGAAUGGAAUUCCCUAAUUUUUUUGCGGAAGAAUUGAAUGUGUUUUGUGAAAUUCACUGGAGAAAAGAUAAUUAUAUAAGCAAUUCUGGGAAAUUACUUUGUCAGGAUUUCCUUUUCAU